AUGAUUGUGAAGAAAGAAAUCGAGGAGGCUCUGCCUGGGGAAGGAGAACCAUCUCCGACUGAACCCAUUAUCUCGCUCGAGGAGACACAAGCCGAGGAAAUGGUUCCCGGAAUUCCGGAAUUCAUGACCAAGAGGCUGAAACCUCGCCGGAAGCCUAGCAGGGUCUACGACGAUCGAGCACCUGAUGAUCAGUUCGUUGUACUCAGUGAGACAGACAUCGAGCUGGGCGUGGCAGAGGUGAAGGAACGAAAACUGUUGCGUAAGAAACCAUCGAAGAUUGCAAAUCAAGCGGAAGAACUUUCUCUAAUCGAGAUCAUGACUCUCCGCAAACACGAAGAUCAUCAGGACAUCAGCCUGGAAUCCAUCGGUUAUCCGGAGCUGGAUGUCUUGCAAACAAUCCCGAUCGACGUCGAUUCGCUCGGAAGACCGUCAGAAGAAAUCACGGAGCAGCGAGUCAUCUCGCAGAUCGAUGCUGAAGGCAGAAAGCGACGAAAAACCGUCAGAAAGUCCAAGAAACCAGAUGGCACCGUCUGCAAGACGGAGGAAACCACUCUCUUCACUCCCGAUGAGUGGGAAGUCCUCCCGCACACUUUCGAUCUGCAGCCUGCCGAAGAAACGGAGGAAAUUGAAUUUGAUUCCGGAAAGAUAACUAAACGGAGGAAAACUAAGAAAGUCCUCAAACCGGAUAACGUUCACUCCACCGAGAUCACAGAAAUCUGGGAGUUCAAGCCCGAACCGAAAUUCUUUGCCGUUGUAUCGCCUGCUGACGUUGGACAUCCGGAGAUGGCGGUGACUGAGACAAUGCCAGUGUCCAAGGACCUCUACGGGCGCCCGAUCCGUGAUAUUGUAGAAGAGCAUACGACCACGGAAAUCGAGCCUCUGAGGAAGACAACGACCGUCGAAAAGAAAAAGAAACGCAAAGACGGUGUAUACGAGAGAACUCUCGAUGUUCUAACCGAGGAGACUGACCAACCACAGCCUCUAGAAUUCGACCGAAUGGUUGAGGAUAACAUCGUCCUCGAUGUCGGUAGGAUCGAAAAGAAGAAAGUCAAGAAGAAGAAACCUCGAGAUGACGAAGCCCUCGAGGGGGGAGAGGUCGUGAUCGAGAGCUUGAGAUUCGUCCCAAAAAAAUCGACGCACGAUAUCAAUUUCACUUCUAUCGGAUACCCGGAUCUGGAAGUCCUGAAACCGAUGCUCGUUGAAGCCACGAGCUCGAAGAAAGACGUUGUUGAGGAGAGCACCGUAAUUUUCAUUGACAACGAUCGCAGACCGAAGAAGAGAACUAUCAAAACGACCACUACGAAAUCAGGGGUCCUCCUUCAAGACAUCGAGACGUGCGAAGUUUCACCGGAAGCGUUCGACUUGAGUCUGAUUCGACCAGGAGAAGUCAUCGACGAAACAAAACUCGCCAAGGUGGGGAAGACAAAGAAAAUGAAGAAGAGGACCUCUGAGGUGAAACCUUCGGGUGAAUCAGUCGAGAGAACUGUGACAACGACCACUGUGAUCCCACGAGAGUUUGCCUUGACCGACAUUGUUGAGGAUGUUGUUGAAGAAAUGGUCGAGGAGAUCGUGCUGCCAGAUAGGAGACUCUCCACCAUCACCACCACGACCACAAAACGGCCCGAUGGCACCGUGGAAACAGAAAUUGAGGAAGUGGUUCCUUCGGGACCAGAACCGCUCGAGGCUAUCGAGCAGGAUGAAACCAAGAUGCGUCCCAAGAAAACGAGGAAACCGAAGAAGGACAAACCUCGAGCUGAGAAGGGGCCAGUAGACGGCGUCACCACCUCUGAUGAGGGCCCGAGGAGUCAAUUCACCACUGAGGACACGAUCGAGCUCGAUACCGGCAAGAUCACGAAAAAGACAACCACGGAAACUGUUCCCGACGAGAGAGGAGGAGAACGUCCCGUUACCGUUGAGAUAACCGUCUACAAACCGAAACCAGAACACAGGUUUGUGGACGUCACUUCAAUCGGUCUCCCUGAGCUUGAGGUGAGAUCUAGAACACCCGUCGAAGUUGUGGACAGAGAAAUCACAGAACAGGUAGUGGAAGUCAAGCACUCCACAAAAGAUGGGAAGCCGGUCAAACGGAAGACAACGACGAAGAAAACGAAAAAACCUGAUGGCACCAUCGAAAUGAUUGUGAAGAAAGAAAUCGAGGAAACCUUGCCUGGGGAGCAAGAACCAUCUCCGAGUGAACCUGUUAUCUCGCAUGAAGGGGCACAACCGGAGGAAAUUGUCCCGGGAAUUCCGGAAUUCAUGACCAAGAAGCUGAAGCCUCGACGGAAGCCCACCCAAGUGUACGAAGAUCGAGCACCCGGCGAUCAAUUCGUCGUGCUCAGUGAGAGCGAAAUCACGCUCGAUGUAGCGGAUGUGAAGGAACAAAAACUUCUUCGUAACAAACCGUCAAAGAGUCCGCUCCGAGGGGAAGAACUUUCGCUCAUCGAGAUCGUGACUCUCCGUAAACACGAAGAUCAUCAGGACAUCAGCCUGGAGUCCAUCGGUUAUCCGGAGCUGGAUGUCUUGCAAACCAUUCUUAUCAACGUCGAUUCGCUCGGAAGACCGUCAGAAGAAAUCACGGAGCAGCGAGUCAUCUCGCAGAUCGAUGCUGAAGGCAGAAAGCGACGAAAAACCGUCAGAAAGUCCAAGAAACCAGAUGGCACCGUCUGUAAGACGGAGGAAACCACUCUGUUCACUCCCGACGAGUGGGAAACCCUUCCGCACACUUUCGAUCUCCAACCAGUGGAACAAAGUGAAGAUAUCGAGUUCGAUUCCGGAAAGAUAACAAAACGGAGGAAAAGUAAGAAAGUCCUCAAACCGGAUAACGUUCACUCCACCGAGAUCACGGAAAUAUGGGAAUUCAAGCCCGAACCGAAAUUCUUUGCCGUUGUAUCGCCUGCUGACGUUGGACAUCCGGAGAUGGCGGUGACUGAGACAAUGCCAGUGUCCAAGGACCUCUACGGGCGCCCGAUCCGUGAUAUUGUAGAAGAGCAUACGACCACAGAAAUCGAGCCUCUGAGGAAGACAACGACUGUCGAAACGAAGAAGAAACGCAAAGACGGUGUCUACGAGAGAACUCUCGAUGUUCUAACCGAGCAAAAUGACCAACCACAGCCUCUAGAAUUCGACCAAAUGGUUGAAGAUAACAUCGUCCUCGAUGUCGGUAGGAUCGAAAAGAAGAAAGUCAAAAAGAAGAAACCUCGAGAUGACGAAGCCCUCGAGGAGGUAGAGGUCGUGAUCGAGAGCUUGAAAUUCGUUCCGAAAAAAUCGACGCACGAUAUCAAUUUCACUUCUAUCGGAUACCCCGAUCUGGAAGUCCUGAAACCGAUGCUCGUUGAAGCCACGAGCUCGAAGAAAGACGUUGUCGAGGAGAGCACCGUCAUUUUCAUUGACAACGAUCGCAGACCGAAGAAGAGAACUAUCAAAACGACCGCUACGAGAUCAGGAGUCCUCCUUCAAGACAUCGAGACGUGCGAAGUUUCACCGGAAACGUUCGACUUGAGUCUGAUUCGACCAGGAGAAGUCAUCGACGAAACAAAACUCGCCAAGGUGGGGAAGACAAAGAAAACGAAGAAGAGGACCUCUGAGGUGAAACCUUCGGGUGAAUCAGUCGAGAGAACUGUGACAACGACCACUGUGACCCCACGAGAGUUUGCCUUGACCGAAAUUGUUGAGGAUGUUGUUGAAGAAAUGGUCGAGGAGAUCGUGCUGCCAGAUGGGAGACUCUCUACCAUCACCACCACGACCACAAAACGGCCCGAUGGCACCGAGGAAACGGAAAUUGAGGAAGUGGUUCCGUCGGGACCAAAAUCGCUCGAGGCUAUCGAGCAGGAUGAAAUCAAAACGCGUCCCAAGAAAACGAGGAAACCGAAAAAGGUCAAACCUCGAGCUGAGAGAGGGCCAGUAGACGGCGUCACCACCUCCGAUGAGGGCCCGAGGAGUCAAUUCACCACUGAGGACACGAUCGAGCUCGAAACCGGCAAGAUCACUAAGAAAACAGUCAUGGAGACUAUUGAUAGCGUAGAUGGGCUCUCGAGUCCCGUGACCGUGGAAAUAACUGUUUACGAGCCGAAACCAGAGCACCGGCACGUAAAUGUUUCCUCCAUUGGCUACCCCGAGCUGGAGCUCAGGAGCAGUGCUUCAGUUGAAAUUCUCGAUCGAGAACUGACGGAAGAGAUCGUCGAAGUGAAACAGACGACGAAAGACGGGAAACCAGUUAGGGAGAAGACUACGACAAACAGGUCUAAAAAGCCCGACGGGACAGUCGAGAUGAUCGUGACGAAAGAGAUCAAAGAAUCGACUCCUGAACACCCGGAACCGUCGAUUCUGAAAACGACGCUCGAUGAGAUGCGUUCUGGAGAUUAUGUCCCGGAGGCUCCCGGCUCAGCGAUAGAGAGGCCUAAGAUUUCUGGUGAGCUUCCUCAAUUGAGCCAGGAUGAAACCCCCGAUGAGCAGCUUGUGCUCGUCGCAGAAACUCGCAUGAAAUUCGAAGACGUGGAUGUCACGGAGCAGAAGAUAAUCCGUAAGAAGCCGUCAGAUGGCUCGCGGAGACCGACAGAACUCUCCCUGGUUGAGAUCGUGACGCUGCGCAAACGCGAAGAAGGCCAGAAAAUUUCCCUGGAGUCCAUGGGCUAUCCCGAGCUCGAAGUUCUCCACACCUUACCGAUGAGCGUCGAAUCGAUCGCGAGAGCGGCAGAAGAAAUACGUGAGGAGCGAUUCGUGUCUCAGAUCGAUGCUGAGGGAAAACCUCGAACGAAGACGAUCAAGAAGUCCAGGAAACCCGAUGGGACUGUUUCGAAAAUCGAAGAGACCACGCUCUAUUCUGCGGACGAAUGGGAACUCCUGCCGCGGACAUUCAGUCUUCGACCGAUCGAGCAGACAGAAGAGAUCGUAUUCGAUGCCGGCAAAGUCAAGAAACAAAAGAAAACCAAGCGAGUUCCCCGACCCGAGGGUGUGGAAUGCUUUGAGACUUCGGAAAUCUGGAAGUUCAAACCCGAUUUGAACUUCUUUUCCGUAGUGACCCCGGAAACCGCCGGGCUCCCCGAAAUGACCGUCCUUGGAGCAGCUCCGGUUGCAACGGACCAGUACGGACAACCAUCAUCGUUCGAAUUCAAAGUCGAGGAGAACAUCGAGCUCGACGCGGGCCGAGUGGAGAAGGUGAAGAAGAGAUUACCACGUAAGGAUGCGCUCACCGAUAAGGACGUCGAAGUCAUUGUAGAAACUCUAAAAUUCAUACCGAAGGAAGAUGCUCUCGCAAUCGACCUCUCAUCGAUCGGCUAUCCUGAGCUAGAGGUCUUGAAACCAUGUCUCAUUGAGGCCAAGAGUACCGAAAAAGACGUCGUGAGGGAGAGUACCGCCAUCUUCGUGGACAUCGAUGCAAAGCUCAAGAGGAAAACCGUGAAAUCCACAGCCACGAAAUCUGGUGUUCUUCUCCAAGAGAGUGAAAUUUCCGAAGACGUUCCCGAGACGUACGAUCUGACCACUGUCAACGUCGGGGAUGUAAUCGAAGAGGUCACUGUUGAUGAGAAGUCGACGACAAAGCGGAAACGAAAAACUUUUACCGAGACUGCCCCGACCGGUGAGGGAAUCGAGAGGUCGCACACGGUCGUCACCGUAACUCCUCACGAAUACGUUCUGUCUGACGCUCCUCGGCGCACAGAAGAGACGACUCUACAAAAACGGGUUCUGCCCGAUAGAAGGCUUUCGACCAUCACGACUCGGACUGUCGACCGAGGAGACGGUGUUGAGGAAAGCAUUGUCGAGGAGACCGUGACUGCGUUGCCGAGAGAGGAUAUAUUUGACGAGCCUUUCACCGUGAGCACGAGUGAGAAAACCGUUGUGCUAGAAUCAGGCGAACUGAAGAGGUCGGCAUCAGUGAUGGAGAUUCCGCGGGAUGACGGCUCCACCGAGAAUGUCGUUAUCGAUAUCACAAAGUACGAGCCGAAACCGGAAUAUCGCGAUGUGACCCUGUCGUCGAUUGGGUAUCCUGAGCUAGAACCUCUGCUCCGGACGCCGAUCGAGCUUUUCUUGGAAGAAGUCACUGAGCAAAUGGUAGAAACCAAGAGGUCUGUUGACAGAGGCAAGCCGAUUGUCCAGAAAGUCUUCAAGAAGAAGACUAAGAGGCCGGAUGGAAGAGUCGAAAUCAUUGAAGAGACACGCACGAUCGAACAACCACAACCGGAAGUUGGAACUCUCCCCGGAGACUCUGAUUCCCCAGGGGGAAUUCUGGAUGAUCAAGUCGGCAGGUACAGCGAAUAUUUGCCUGGAUCCGGGGAUGUAGGCAGUGGGGAUCAGUUCAUGCCGAUUUCUAAGCGUGAAAUCACGCUUCCGGGAGCCGAAAUCGAGAAAUGUAAAAUCGUUCGUAAGAAGAAACCAAAGACUCCUCGAGAGAAGGAAGAGCUGUCCGUGAUAGAGGUUUCGAUCUUACGGCGACAGGCGCAGCCUCACGGUGUAGAAAUUGAAUCUUUCGGUUAUCCCGACUUCGAUGUUCUACAAACGAUACCCGUCGAAGUUGACUCUUCCGGAAGGCCAAUCGAAGAGCGGACGGAAACGAGAUCCAUCAUCCGCGUCGAUGCCAAAGGUCGGCCGCAGAGGAAAACGAUAAAGAAAAUCAGAAAAACGGACGGUACCGUUUCGAGAGUCGAGGAAAAAAUCGUGUCCGACCUUGAUGAUAUCAAGAGUGAGUCGCCGAUUCCUGAUUCAGUCGAACCGCUUGAAGAGACUGAAGAAAUCCGAUUUGACUCCGGAAAAAUCACCAAGCGUCGAACAUCCAAACGAGUCGUGAAACCUGACGACUCGAGCGUCGUCGAGACGACCGAAGUCGUAGAAUUCAAACCCGAGGCCAAGUUCUUUUCAGUGGUAAGUCCGGAAAGCGUCGGAUUACCAGAGCUGGCCGUGGCCGAAUCUCCACUGGUACCCCGGGACCACUUCGGACGACCCGUCCGCGAUUCCGUGGAAGAAUACUCCACCGUUGAGACAGAGCCCGGGAGGAAAGUUAUUCGGGUGAUUAAAAAGAAAAAACGUAAGGAUGGAGUAUAUGAGAGAACACUUAAUGUUUCGACUGAGGAGAAGCCGGGUGACUCUUUUCCCGAUAGGACGGUUGAAGAGAGCGUCACGCUCGACGUCGGAAAAAUUGAACGGACGAAAACUAAAAAGAAGGUGCCACGUGAUGAGACGCCUCUCGAGCUGGCCGAUAUCACAGUUGAAUCCUUGAAAUUUGUUCCUAAGAAAUCCAUAGAAACGUUCAAUUUCGAUUCAAUGGGUUAUCCUGAGCUUGAAGUUCUCAAGCCCAUGCAGAUCGAAGCUACUAGCCGUAGAAAAGAUGUCGCAGAGGAGAUUUGCACCAUUUUCGUGGAUUCCGUCGACCGGAAACCGAAGAAGAAAGUAACUAAAACGAGAGCUACUAAAGAAGGAGUAAUUUAUCAAGAGAUUGAGACAUCUGAAUUGAUACCCGAAACAUUUGAUCUGAGAGACAGCAAACCUGGUGAUGUUAUCGAUGAGACAAUCGUGGCCGAGAAGCAGACGUCAAGGAGGAGCAAGAAGAAGACCACCGAGAUCUCACCGUCGGGAGUCGUCAUAGAGCGGACUCUUACAAUGUCUACCGUGACUCCUCACGAGUUCAAUCUGACCGGCCCCGAGCUCGCCACUGUGGACGAGACGGUUGAAGAGACCAUCCUCCCCGACAACCGGGUCUUGACGACAAGGACGACCGUGACUAAACGAGCAGACGGCGUAGUGGAAACCAGGAAGGAAGAAAUCCUGCCGGCUCGACCGGACUCCUCCGAGCCUGAUCCAUCCACCCGGGGUGGGGAAACUCCGGAAAAGAAGAGGGGAGAAAUUAGGGAGGGAAGUCCCCGCCGAGAAACCCCGCUUCCCGGAACUCGUUCACAGCUCGUUCCGGAAGACUGUCCACCAUCGACUACGACUGAGGAACAAAUAGAGCUUAAGACUGGAAAGAUCACCAAAAAGCUCAUCACUCCAUCUGAGUCUGAAGAAGAUGGAGUUCACCGACCAGUAACUGUGGAAGUCACGAUAUACGAGCCUAAGCCAGAACAUAGAUACGUAGACGUCUCGUCCAUCGGCUUCCCUGAUCUCGAGCUCAGAUCGAAGGUGCCUGUCGAAGUUCUCCAACAGGAAGUCGAGGAGCGCGAAGUACAGUUGAAGCAUCUCACCGUAGACGGGAAAGCGCUCAAGCAGAAAACGACGACGGCGAAGAAGAAAAAACCAGACGGAACGAUCGAAGUUAUUGUAUCGAAGGAAAUCAUCGAGGGUGUCCCAGAGGAGACCGAACCAACUUCGGUCGGAUCUGCUGACGCUAAUCGAGGGGCCCGAGUCGUUGAAACCGUCCCGGACACUCCAGAAUUCCUCACCAAGAAAUUGAAACCCUGCCGGAAGCCUAGCAGGGUCUCCGAAGAUCGAGCACCUGAUGAUCAGUUCGUUGAACUCAGUGAGUCUGACAUCGAGCUGGGCGUGGCAGAGGUUAAAGAACAAAAACUGCUGCGUAAAAAACCGUCAAAGAGUCCGCUGCGAGCGGAAGAACUCUCGCUAAUCGAGAUCGUGACUCUCCGUAAACACGACGAUCAUCAGGACAUCAGCCUGGAAUCCAUCGGUUAUCCGGAGCUGGAUGUCUUGCAAACGAUUCCGAUCAACGUCGAUUCGCUCGGAAGACCGUCAGAAGAAAUCACGGAGCGGCGAGUCAUCUCGCAGAUCGAUGCUGACGGCAGAAAGCGACAGAAAACCGUCAGAAAGUCCAAGAAACCGGAUGGUACCGUCUGUAAGACGGAGGAAACCUCUCUCUUCACUCCCGAUGAGUGGGAAGUCCUCCCGCACACUUUCGAUCUCCAACCAGUGGAACAAAGUGAAGAUAUCGAGUUUGAUUCCGGAAAGAUAACAAAAAGGAGGAAAACUAAGAAAGUCCUCAAACCGGAUAACGUUCACUCCACCGAGAUCACAGAAAUCUGGGAAUUCAAGCCCGAACCGAAAUUCUUUGCCGUUGUAUCGCCCGCUGACGUUGGACAUCCGGAGAUGGCGGUGACUGAGACAAUGCCAGUGUCCAAGGACCUGUACGAUCGCCCGAUCCGUGAUAUUGUAGAAGAGCAUACGACCACGGAAAUCGAGCCUCUGAGGAAGACAACGACUGUCGAAACGAAAAAGAAACGCAAAGACGGUGUCUACGAGAGAACUCUCAAUGUUCUGACCGAGCAAAAUGACCAACCACAGCCUCUAGAAUUCGACCAAAUGGUUGAAGAUAACAUCGUCCUCGAUGUCGAUGACGAAGCCCUCGAGGAGGUAGAGGUCGUGAUCGAGAGCUUGAAAUUCGUUCCGAAAAAAUCGACGCACGAUAUCAAUUUCACUUCUAUCGGAUACCCCGAUCUGGAAGUCCUGAAACCGAUGCUCGUUGAAGCCACGAGCUCGAAAAAAGACGUUGUCGAGGAGAGCACCGUCAUUUUCAUUGACAACGAUCGCAGACCGAAGAAGAGAACUAUCAAAACGACCGCUACGAAAUCAGGAGUCCUCGUACGAGACAUCGAGACGUGCGAAGUUUCUCCGGAAACGUUCGACUUGAGUCUGAUUCGACCAGGAGAAGUCAUCGACGAAACAACUCUCGCUAAGGUGGGGAAGACAAAGAAAAUGAAGAAGAGGACCUCUGAGGUGAAACCUUCGGGUGAAUCAGUCGAGAGAACUGUGACAACGACCACUGUGACCCCACGAGAGUUUGCCGUGACCGACAUUGUUGAGGAUGUUGUUGAAGAAAUGGUCGAGGAGAUCGUGCUGCCAGAUGGGAGACUCUCCACCAUCACCACAACGACCACGAAACGGCCCGAUGGCACCGUGGAAACAGAAAUUGAGGAAGUGGUUCCGUCGGGACCAGAACCGCUCGAGGCUAUCGAGCAGGAUGAAAUCAAGACGCGUUCCAAGAAAACGAGGAAGCCGAAGAAGGACAAACCUCGAGCUGAGGAGGGGUCAGUAGACGGCGUCACCACCUCCGAUGAGGGUCCGAAGAGUCAAUUCACUACAGAGGACACGAUCGAGCUCGAAACCGGCAAGAUCACAAGAAAGACAACCACGGAAACUGUUCCCGACGAGAGAGGAGGAGAAAGUCCCGUUACCGUUGAGAUAACCGUCUACAAACCGAAACCAGAACACAGGUUUGUGGACGUCUCCUCUAUUGGUUUGCCUGAGCUUGAGGUGAGAUCCAGAACACCCUUCGAAGUUGUGGACAGAGAAAUCACAGAACAGGUAGUGGAAGUCAAGCACUCCACGAAAGAUGGGAAGCCGGUCAAACGGAAGACAACGACGAAGAAAACGAAAAAACCUGAUGGCACCAUCGAAAUGAUUGUGACAAAAGAAAUCGAGGAAACCUUGCCUGGGGAACAAGAGCCAUCUCCGACUGAGCCUGUUAUCUCGCAUGGAGGGGCACAAGUGGAGGAAAUGGUCCCUGGAAUUCCAGAGUUCAUGACCAAGCGGCUGAAACCUCGCGGGAAGCCUAGCAGGAUCUACGACGAUCGAGCACCUGAUGAUCAGUUCGUUGUACUCAGUGAGACAGACAUCGAGCUGGGCGUGGCAGAGGUGAAGAAACGAAAACUGUUGCGGAAGAAACCAUCGAAUAUUGCAAAUCGAGGGGAAGAACUUUCUCUAAUCGAGAUCACGACUCUCCGCAAACACGACGAUCAUCAGGACAUCAGCCUGGAAUCCAUCGGUUAUCCGGAGCUGGAUGUCUUGCAAACAAUUCCGAUCAACGUCGAUUCGCUCGGAAGACCGUCAGAAGAAAUCACGGAGCAGCGAGUCAUCUCGCAGAUCGAUGCUGAAUGCAGAAAGCGACGAAAAACCGUCAGAAAGUCCAAGAAACCUUAUGGCACCGUCUGUAAGACGGAGGAAACCACUCUCUUCACUCCCGAUGAGUGGGAAACCCUUCCGCACACUUUUGAUCUCCAACCAGUGGAACAAAGUGAAGAUGUCGAGUUUGAUUCCGGCAAGAUAACACAACGGAGGAAAACUAAGAAAGUCCUCAAACCGGAUCACGUUCACUCCACCGAGAUCACAGAAAAAUGGGAAUUCAAGCCCGAACCGAAAUUCUUCGCCGUUGUAUCGCCCGCUGACGUUGGACAUCCGGAGAUGGCGGUGACUGAGACAAUGCCAGUGUCCAAGGACCUCUACGGGCGCCCGAUCCGUGAUAUUGUAGAAGAGCAUACGACCACGGAAAUCGAGCCUCUGAGGAAGACAACGACCGUCGAAACGAAAAAGAAGCGCAAAGACGGUGUAUACGAGAGAACUCUCGAUGUUCUUACCGAGGAGACUGACCAACCACAGCCUCUAGAAUUCGACCAAAUAGUUGAGGAUAACAUCGUCCUCGAUGUCGGUAGGAUCGAGAAGAAGAAAGUCAAAAAGAAGAAACCUCGAGAUGACGAAGCCCUCGAGGAGGUAGAGGUCGUGAUCGAGAGCUUGAAAUUCGUUCCGAAAAAAUCGACGCACGAUAUUAAUUUCACUUCUAUCGGAUACCCCGAUCUGGAAGUCCUGAAACCGAUGCUCGUUGAAGCCACGAGCUCGAAGAAAGACGUUGUCGAGGAGAGCACCGUCAUUUUCAUUGACAACGAUCGCAGACCGAAGAAAAGAACUGUCAAAACGACCGCUACGAAAUCAGGGGUCCUCCUUCAAGACAUCGAGACGUGCGAUGUUUCACCGGAAUCGUUCGACUUGAGUCUGAUUCGACCAGGAGAAGUCAUCGACGAAACAAAACUCGCCAAGGCCGGAAAGACCAAGAAAACAAAGAAGAGGACCUCUGAGGUGAAACCUUCGGGUGAAUCAGUCGAGAGAACUGUGACGACGACCACUGUGACCCCACGAGAGUUUGCCGUCACCGAAAUUGUUGAGGAUGUUGUUGAAGAAAUAGUCGAGGAGAUCGUGCUGCCAGAUGGGAGACUCUCCACUAUCACCACCACGACCACAAAACGGCCCGAUGGCACCGUGGAGACAGAAAUUGAGGAAGUGGUCCCGUCGGGACCAGAACCGCUCGAGGCUAUCGAGCAGGAUGAAAUCAAGACGCGUCCCAAGAAAACGAGGAAGCCGAAGAAGGACAAACCUCGAGCUGAGAAGGGGCCAGUAGACGGCGUCACCCCCUCCGAUGAGGGUUCGAAGAGUCAAUUCACUGCAGAGGACACGAUCGAGCUCGAAACCGGCAAGAUCACAAAAGAGACAACCACGGAAACUGUUCCCGACGAGAGAGGAGGAGAACGUCCCGUUACCGUUGAGAUGACCGUCUACAAACCGAAACCAGAACACAGGUUUGUGGACGUCUCGUCUAUCGGUUACCCUGAGCUUGAGGUGAGAUCCAGAACACCAUUCGAAGUUGUGGACAGAGAAAUCACAGAACAGGUAGUGGAAGUCAAGCACUCCACGAAAGAUGGGAAGCCGGUCAAACGGAAGACAACGACAAAGAAAACGAAAAACCUGAUGGCACCAUCGAAAUGA